AUGAAGACAUUCCAACUCUCGGUCUCUUUCUUGUCGACGCUCCUGGUCUCGCAGGUCGUCACCGCGCAGAGCGGCCCAUGGGGACAAUGCGGCGGCAACAACUGGACAGGGGCAACGACCUGUCGACUGGUACCAUCAGUGCAUCCCUGGGUCGCCCAACCCACCUGUGACCACGACGACGACGACGACUACACAGCCUCCAUCUACCAUGACAACCACGACCCGCCCGCCGACCACCACCUCUGA